AUGACCAUUGAGCCUCCGCGCGGCAUCAAGAUGAACAUGAAGGGUUCGUACAACAACAUCACGGACCCCUACCUCGACGCGCACCCGAAGGCGCCACAGUUCAAGAAGCUCCUCUACGGCCUCUGCUUCUUCCACGCUCUGCUGCAGGAUCGGCGCCGCUUCGGCGCCCUCGGCUUCAACAUCCGGUACGAGUUCACUGCGGGCGAUCUCAAGUGCUGCAUGUUGCAGCUGGAGACCUACCUGGCAAAGUACGACGAGGUGCCGUACCAGGUGCUGGUGAACCUCUUUGGUCACAUCAAUUACGGUGGGCGCAUCACCGAUGACUGGGACCGCCGGUGCGUCCUCACGACGCUGAUGAGCAUCGUCAACGAGGGUAUCAUGUCGGACACCUUCAUGCUCGCCCCCGGCAGCGAUUGCUACGCGUCACCUGCUGACACGAGCGUCGCUGGCUACCUCGAGAGCAUCGGCGACUUCCCGCUGAACCCUCACCCCAACGUGUUUGGCCUCCACGCCAACGCCGACAUCACCUGCGCGCAGAACGAGACGCAGGAGCUCUGCGACAUUAUGCUCUCCCUGCAGCCAAAGGUGUCGACCGGAGGCGGCAAGUCGCGCGAGGAGGUGAUUGCCGAGGUUGCGGCAGGCUUGCAGGCGCGCGACCUGAAGCCGUUUCCGAUGGACGAGAUCGCGGCGCGGUACCCGCUCUCGUACGAGCAGUCGAUGAAUACGGUGCUCUCCCAGGAGUGCAUCCGCUACAACCGCCUGAUCCGCGUGUACAACAAGUCGCUCGCCGACCUGCUCAAGGCCCUCAAGGGGCUCAUCGUGAUGAGCGCUGAGCUGGAGGCGAUGGCGACGUCGCUCUAUAGCAACCAGGUCCCGGCGAUGUGGGCCAAGGUGGCAUACCCCUCGCUCAAGCCGCUCGCGGCGUGGGUCGACGACUUGGCGCGUCGUAUCGAGUUCUUGCAGUCGUGGGACCGUGGAGGGCCGCCCCCGGCGUACUGGAUCUCUGGCUUCUUCUUCCCGCAGGCCUUCUUGACGGGGACGCUGCAGAACUAUGCGCGAAAGCACAAGGUCGCCAUCGACACCGUCUCGUUUGCGUUCCACGUGAUGGCGCAGGAGCCAAACAGCGUGGCGGAGGCGCCCGAGGAUGGCUGCUACGUCUUUGGUAUGUUCCUAGAGGGAGCUGUCUGGGACCCGGACGCCUGCUUGCUGGCCGAGGCCCGGCCAAAGGAGCUCUACUCGGUCUUCCCCAUGCUAUGGUUGAAGCCCGAGGUGGACCGCAAGCCGCCCACCUCCGGCGUCUACUCGUGCCCGCUCUACAAGACUACGACACGCGCCGGCACGCUCUCCACCACCGGCCACUCCACCAACUUUGUGCUGAUGAUAGAGCUCCCUUCGGACAAACCGUGCUCGGGUACGUUCAGCAGAUACGCAGAGACCUUCAGCGCGCACUGGAUAGGCCGUGCAGUCGCGCUUUUCACGACACUGACGUACUGA